GGAUUUUUAUCUAGAACCCCCAGCCGUAUGGGCUUGGUUCUUCGCUUUGAAAUCAUCAUUCGAAUCUGGUUGACGGAGGAUAUGCUCGAGUACGUGUGACAUUUUUGUUCAGAGUGGAGUAGUGCCCGAAGGAAGCUCUUUUCCGUUUGUGAAUGCAACAAGCCAGUGAAGUGAGCUUAGCUGAAGCACGCGAGGAACCACAUAUUCGCCAUACAAUGAGGUUUGUCGACGUUGCCUUUCUCUUUGUCACCUUUGCAUUCACUCAAGUACGGAGUAUGUUGGAUAUUCAGUCAGUCAGUCAGUCUGUCUGUCAGUCUGUCUGUCAGUCUGUGAGUGAGCCAAUCUGUCAAUCUGCCACCGAAUGCUGGAAACAGAGGAGAGCCUUGGGAACAUGGAAGUGGAGAGCGGUUCUAGAUUCGACAGAGCCUCCUCACCACCACCACCACGAGGAUCGAGAGAGCGAGGUUCCGAUUCUGAUUUGUGAUUCAUUAGGAGAGCGAAUCUGUUCAGCAGGAAUUAUACAGUACUCCUAAAUCAUUGAGGGAAACGAAGCAUGAACUCAAAUUUGUGGCCAGGCAUGAAAGUGGAACACCUCUGAAGAAACUCGAGUGAGUGAGUGAGUGUAUGAGUGUGGGUUGUGCGUCCACGGGCAAUCAAGACUGCCCUUCAUGAAAUCAUUAUUGCGGUCGUGGGUGCCAAACUUCGAGGUCAUCUACCACACCACAGGCUUUCAUUGGGGAGUGGUGCUGUGGGGAGAACUCCAGUGUUGCCAAGCGGUGACCCGAACCUUCCCGAGAUCCUGCCAAAGGGCGUUGGAUUGUCUGUCCCUGUACGAGCUGUGUGUGAACAACCAAUGCAUGAAUCUGGGCGAGAGCACAGGCAUACAAGGAUGGAUCGUGGCCAGUACCCUCAUCGGAUUGGUGCUGACGCUUUGCACGGUGAUGGGAUGCAUCUGCCUCCAUCCCGAUUGCGCGUGGUCCAAACGGUUCGCUCACCCACGGGACAAGCGUUUGAUCACACAUUUGGAACAAGGCCUUCAAAAGAGCCAGAGCGAGAGCGAGGCGGAGACGCGGAGACAGAAAUAUCGCAGUAUGAGCAACACAUCGCGAGUCACACCGUCUACUAUUGCCAACAAGAACGAUGAGAUGACAAGAUUUUGAGUCUGUGAUAAAGAGCAUCAAACCAUUUACAACACAAGCGUGUUCCAAGCAAUAAUGCAAAGUACAAACCAAGAUCUGAAUGAUUUUUUUCCCCAAACAGUGUUGCCAUUUGAUAUCGGCAGCAUGUGCCAAAAUCAAUCGAUAUAAAAAGUCCCCGUAUCAUCAAAAAAUCAUCAUACGUCUUGCGACGAGUUUCGAAUAAAUGACAUGUCUUCA